AUGGCACCAGGCGUCACGGCAGAAAAUGGAGAGCACGCAUCGAAUGGUGCGGCGCCCGCUCCGCGAUUUCUCCCUCCUGGUGUAUCAGUGGAGAAGUUCCAGGAGUUCGCAUCCAACUUGCAAAAGGCAGUCGGAAAAGACAACCUCCAGAUCAUUACCAAAGACACUCCCCUGGAUGAUGGUGACUACGAAACCAUCGACUGCCAGACGCACGAUAUGCACUCCCUGUACGAGCGUGAAGAGUUUGUCGGCAGUGCGCUGAUUCACCCACGCAAUGUGACAGACAUCCAAGCAGUCAUCAAGCUCUGUAACGAGUUCCUCGUCCCUGUAUGGACCUACAGCAAAGGCCACAACAUCGGCUACGGCGGUGCCGCUCCGCGAGUAUCCGGAAGCUUGGUGAUGAACCUUGGGAAGCACAUGAACCGAAUUAUCGAGGUCAAUGCCACAGACUGCUACUGCCUCGUCGAGCCUGGCGUCACGUACCUCCAGAUGCAAGCGUACCUCGAUGACAAUGGCCUACGGGACAAGGUGUGGCUAGACUCGCCAGAGCUCGGCUACGGCUCCAUGAUUGGAAACGCGCUGGACCACGGUGUUGGCUUCACUCCCUACGGUGAUCACUGGAUGAUGCACUGUGGCAUGGAAGUCGUACUCGCCAGCGGAGAGGUCGUCCGCACGGGAAUGGGUGCGAUGCAGAGUCCUGAGGGUCGGAAGCAGGCUGCUCAAGGGGUGCCGCCCCAAGAUCAGCAUCAGAACGAGUGUUGGCAGCUCUUCCCUUACGGAUUUGGUCCGAUCAACGACGGCAUUUUCUCUCAGAGUAACAACGCCAUCAUCACAAAGAUGGGCAUGUGGCUCAUGCCCGCACCCCCGGGCAUCACUCCCUUCAUGGUUACCUACGAGAAGGACGAAGACCUUGAGGCUGUCGUCGAUAUCAUUCGCCCACUCCGUGUUAACGCGGCCAGUCUCCGUCACAUCUCGCUCGACGCAUCGCAUUACCAUCCCCGAACAGCAUACACUGAUGACCCCAAUAUGCCUCUCACGGAAGCACAGCUGGAUGCUGCGGCCAAGAAGGUCGACCUUGGUCGAUGGGUCUAUAUUGGCGCAGCCUACGGGCCGGAGGCAAUCCGCAAAGCCCACCUUGAAAUCACUAAGCGGGAGAUGACCAAGGUCCCUGGUAGCCGGUGGUUCCUCCUCGAAGAUCGUAAAGAGGAGCACAGCACUUUGCAUUGCCGAGCUGACACAAUGCGAGGCUUGCCAACAUGGGAUGAGCUCCGGUGGCUGAACCAAUGGAUUCCUCACUGCACGUUCCUGUCUUUCUCGCCAAUUUCCAAGGUUGAUGGCAAGUCUGCCAUGAUGCAGUAUAACAUGGCAAAGAAACGCUUUGCGGAGGCGAAGCUGGAUUACUUUGGCAUCCUCAGCAUUGGCAUGCGUGAAAUGCACAAUAUCGUAUGCAUCGUUUACAACAGGGAAGACCCCGACAUGCGUCGCCGUGCGCAGUGGCUCGUCCGUACUAUGAUUCAGGAUUGUGCCGAUAAUGGCUGGGGCGAGUUUCGUACUCACGUCGCUCUGAUGGACCAGAUUGCGGAUACGUACGACUUCAACAAUCAUGCGCUUGGCAAGUUGAACCAGACCAUCAAAGAUGCGCUAGACCCCAACGGUAUUCUGGCUCCCGGAAAGAGCGGCGUUUGGCCCAAGAGCUAUGAUAAGUCCAAGUAUGUGCUCAACAAAGAUUACAUCAAGUAG